GGUUAUGAAUGGAGUGUGAAGUUGAGAGGACUCGAGCAGAGGAGCGAUAAAGGCAGCAUGAGGCUGGGCGCACAAGUUCUGAAUUAUUUCGCACUAACCUCCAAGAAGGCGCUUUUUGUGAAAGCUUAAGUGGCUUCGCUUGUAACCAACUUUUAAUCUCAAUCUACAGUAACUGCUUUGUGAACUAAAUUAUUUUAUUUGAAUCUGUCUGGAUUGGACAUGAUCAGUACUUUAAACACGUAAGAAGAACUGCAAAAGAAGAUUUUUAAAUCCUAUUCGAAAUGGAUAUUUCAGAAUGUUUGAUCUUAAUGAUCAGCCUAAAUUGCUUGCUCACUUCUGUGAUGGCUUCACCCCAGGGGUGCAACAUUAUGCUGGAGAUUGAGAGAACAAGAGAAAAAUGUAUCACUACAAUGGAAACUGAAACCAUCAUUCAAGGCUGCCGAACAUUGUGGGAUAACAUUACCUGCUGGCCCUCAGCAAGCAUUGGAGAAGUGGUCACAGUGCAGUGCCCCACAUACUUCAGUUUGUUCUCUAAUGUAACAGGUAAUGUGACAAGAACCUGUACUUCAGAAGGCUGGACAGAUAUGAAUCCUGUCUCCUAUGUUGUGGCUUGUAGGUAUGAUGCCAACAGCACCGGUUUGGAAGAGACCACCUUUUUUGGAAGUGUGAAGAUUGGCUACACUAUUGGUUACAGUGUGUCUUUAAUAUCCCUCAGUGCUGCCACAAUCAUAUUGUGUGUAUUUAGGAAACUCCACUGCACAAGAAACUACAUUCAUAUGCACCUCUUUAUGUCCUUCAUCCUGAAAACAAUCUCAGUGUUUAUUAAGGAUGUGAUUCUUUUUGAAGCUGGGGAGUCUGAUCACUGUGCUGUUGGUUCGGUUGGCUGCAAAGCUGCAAUUGUCUUCUUCCAAUACUGUAUUAUGGCCAACUUCUUCUGGCUUCUGGUUGAAGGUCUUUACCUGCAUACUCUACUGGCCAUUUCAUUCUUUUCUGAGCGGAAGUAUUUCUGGUGUUACAUCUUGAUUGGUUGGGGAACACCAUCAGUAUUUAUCACAGCUUGGAGCAUUGCAAGGGCCUAUUUUAAUGAUAUUGGAUGCUGGGACAUGAUAGUGUAUCCAUAUUGGUGGAUUAUCAAAGCACCCAUUACUGUAUCAAUAGUGGUGAACUUCAUUCUGUUCAUUUGCAUUAUUCGCAUAUUAGUUCAAAAGAUACACUCUCCAGAUGUGGGAAGAAAGGAAUCCAGCCAAUAUUUACGACUGGCAAAAUCCACUUUGCUGUUGAUUCCUCUCUUUGGGAUUCAUUACAUCAUGUUUGCAUUCUUUCCUGACAACUUUAAAUGGGAAGUGAGACUGGUAAUCGACCUUGUCCUUGGGUCAUUUCAGGGGUUUCUUGUAGCUGUCCUGUACUGUUUUCUAAAUGGAGAGGUUCAAGCAGAAAUAAAGAGGAAGUGGAGGAGGUGGCAUCUGGAGAGGCUGCUUGGCACGGACAUGAAGUACCAUCAACCCUCUAUGGGAAAUAGUGGCACAAACUUCAGCACUCAGAUCUCAGUGUUCACAAGAUGCAGUCCAAAGACCCAGAGGGCAUCUAGCUUUCAAGCUGAUUCCUCUGUAGUUUAACAUAGGAACUUACAGUAUAUUGCAUCUCUGCUUGGUGUUUCAGCUGUUUUGUUGGGAACGUUCAUUCAAGAUACAAGAGAGUCUAUUAAAAAUUAAAGCAAAAUGAAAAAAUAAAAAGUAAUACAUUCAGACAACAACAAUAUUCUAGAAGAAUCUUAAGCAGUUCUUUUAUGAAACUUUAAAAAAGCUCUAGUAGUAAAUCAAUCAAGAAAUUUUAAUGCUAAACUUCACAGCUGGCUACCAAGAGUUUAUAUUAGUGUACACAUCGUGAAUAUUGUAAGAACGUAUUUGACACAGACAUGUCUUUAAAUAGAAAUAAAAAAAUUAAAAUUCUGCACAUUCCAAAACCUGAGUCUGUGUCAAUGGCAGUAGACUUGAUAAAUUCACAAUUAAUGACCUUUUCUACACUAAGUGUACUAAAAAGGCUGCAAAUACAGUACCUUUAUGACAAUCCUCCCGCUUCCUGCAAACAAAAAAAAAAAUGGCC